AUGCACAUUUGCGCGCGGAUCUUCGCGUGGGCAUGGGACCUUUUCGUCGGUAGCACAGCGUAUCCGAUGCAGCAGUCUGUGGGAAUAGAAGUACGGGUGACCAACGAGAUUCCCGUCGUCUCGACGGAAUCAAAUGCCGUACGAGAUGUAGUACCACCUUGGACUACCACAUCGGCUCCGAGUCGAACCUCUCCGACAACCCCCACAAAUCCACACUCCCAAUUCUUAUCGCCAAACGUUUUUCACGGACGGAACUCGCUUUGUUCCGCAAAUGAUUACACGCGAAGGAGGCGACCUAUGACACUGCGCAUCGGUCCUCGUUUGAGUCUCCCGAGUAAGAGCACAUCCGCGCCGACCACAACCACAGACGGGGAGUGGCGUGCACUUAGAUGGAAUGAGCACAGUAAUUGCGAAUUUGUCACAAACGUUAGAUUGAAAUGA